GUGCGUGGCUCUGAGGAAAUAUGGCGCACAGAGCAGUGCAUAUGCCAGUGAUAUUCAUUGUUACAACCUAUUCUUUCACCGCCUUUUGUUUGUCUAUUUUCGUAGCUUUUGCAGCAUUUGAAACCGUAAAAACUGACAAUGUGUUCAGUGCAAGCCACACGGCUACUGUACCCGUCGCUGCCGCUAGGGAUCUACGGUACUUGUUGUAUGACGUGAACCCCCCAGAGGGUUUCAACCUGCGGAGAGAUGUAUAUAUCCGCAUGGCAUCCCUGGUGAAGACUUUGAGGAAGGAGGGGGAUGACUGGGUAUUGGUGCUUCCUCCAUGGGGUCGCCUCUACCACUGGCAGAGCCCCAACAUCCACCAGAUCCGCAUCCCCUGGGGAGAGUUCUUCAGCCUCACCAGCCUGCAGGCCAAUGUGCCUGUCAUUGAGUAUGAGGAAUUCAUUGCUGAGAAUGGAGGCCCAUUCAUAGACCAGGUUCUAGUACUGCAAAACUAUGCUGAGGGAUGGACUGAUGGAAAAUGGGAGGAAAAAGUUGAUGAGCGGCCGUGCAUUGAGAAGCUGAUGUACUCCAAAGACAAACAGGGCUACUACAGGGGCUGGUUUUGGGGCUACGAGGAAACGAGAGCUCGAAAUGUGACAUGUAUAUCAGCCCAAGGCCAUGCCUCCAUCAUGGCCCCAGUUCUUCAGAAAAACAUCACAGUGACAUCGGUAAUGCUUGACCGAGCUGAGACGCUCCUUCAUGAUUACUACGCUGGGAAGGAUUACUGGGAUACCCGCCGCAGCAUGGUUUUUGCUAAGCACCUGCGACUACUAGGAGAUGACUUCAGAGCAAAGUACCUGAACUCUACGGAUGACAGAGACCACACCGUUUACAGUGAGGAUUGGACUCGCAUGAAAGCCAAGCUGGGCUCAGCUAAAGGUGGUCCAUAUCUGGGGGUCCACCUGCGCAGGAAGGACUUCAUCUGGGGUCACAGAGAGGAUGUACCCAGCCUAAAGGGGGCAGUCAAAAAAAUGCGUAGCUUGAUGAAAAAGCACAAACUUGACAAAGUGUUUGUUGCAACAGAUGCAGAUGAGGAAGAAUUGAAGGAGCUGAAAAAGUUGUUGCCAGACAUGGUGCGGUUUGAACCAUCAACAGAGGACCUGGAGCUCCUUAAAGAUGGAGGGGUGGCCAUUAUUGACCAGUGGAUAUGUGCUCAUGCGAGAUUCUUCAUAGGAACAUCUGUGUCCACCUUCUCUUUCCGGAUCCAUGAAGAGAGGGAGAUCCUGGGUUUUGACCCCAAAACUACGUAUAACCGUUUCUGUGGGGACACUGAGAAAGAAUGUGAACAGCCCACACACUGGAAAAUUGUUUACUGAUGUGACCUCUGACUUUCCUGACACACACAAGUGCCAAAAAGCAGUGUUACAAGUGACAUGUAUUUGUAUCGAAUCUAGUAGGAAGAUAUUUUAAGUGUUUUAUGGUGAAUUUUUUAUGGUUUCAGAGUUGUGCAAUCAGGUCUUUAUUGACCACUGUGACUGAACCUUAAGCUCAAAAGGCCAAGACUGAGCUGUCAUACAUGUAUUACUGUAAAAACAAUUAAAUCUGCAUAUAUUUUUUAGGUUGUAUGCUGAAUGUGGUUUCCUUCAUGACACCCUGGUAUAUGAAGUAAUUUUUAAUAUUUAUUACUAACACCAGCAAAACUGGUGAGCAAAAAGUGUCUUAUAAUGACUGCAGCAGACGCUGUUGUCUGGCAGUAUUUUCUGUUUAACAUUUCAUGAGAUUGAAAUUAGAAGGUUCAGAUCUGUUCCGUGCUGAUGUUGAGCGUAUAUUUUUUGUGACCAUAUUUUUAAGAAUAUAAGUAAGAUUUUUUUUUUUUUUUUUUUAAAUUGACACCACUUAAGUAUGUAGUAGCGUUCAGAGAUCGUACACACUGCUUUAACGCAUUUUUGACUAAAGGUGCACAGUGCAUUGUUUGUUGGUGCAUUACUGCCAGUGUCUUUUCAGUAGUGGAAUACAGACUGUUGAUAAUCGGAUUAGCAUUAAAUUGGCGGCGAGUGUAUGCCAUGCAUAUGCAUCCUUUUGCUUUUGCACAAAGUCCAAACAAAAAGGGGAUUCGCUCACAAAAACCCUGCUUCAUAGCAGUAUUAGUGGUUAAAAACUCCACGGGGUGCCUUUAAAACGGAAGACCAGACCAAACCUAAUAUUAUCAGGUCACAAUUUGUUGAAAAGAGGUGCAUUUCCCAUCUACUAUCACUGUAUUUCAGUGUUUGUGUAGAUCAACUUUCCUGCCUUAUUCAAUAUCUUUAUGCAGCACCAGAAUUAAGAUUUGUUACAGGGGAUUGCAUUACAACAUUACUGAUGUUGGAAAAAGUGGGAAAUAUGACUGAAAAACAUGUAUUUGAAUUUUAGUGAUGCGUAAUUCUUUCCACUUUUUCAUUUUACACCACAGACUGUAUAUUUGUCAUAACUCAUUAUAGUGUUAUUGCUAGUGAUGCUACCAGUAAAAGGAAUUGAGAUGACACAACAGGAGCCACUGUGCCCUUUCAACACUAGCCAGCCAUCAAGCUCUUACCUUACAAUGCACCCUUUUUUUUUUCUUUCCUAAGAAUGCACCUAUUUUGAUUAAAUAUUGUCUGGUAUGGUUAUUUUCAUAUGACUUGGUUUGUACAAUAGGUGCGCGAUCUUGGUGUUGAAUAAAACCCAAUUUUAAGCAGUUUCAACAUGGCA